GCACUCCUGGGCGUGGAGAUCCCCGCCUCCGCGGAGGUCGAGCGGCUCCGGGCCCUCGUGCGCGACCUGGAGCUGGCGGACCUGGGGGCGGCCGCGGACGGGCGGUUCUUGGGGUCACGGACGGUGUCAGAGGCGCCGACGCCAGCGCCGACGCCCGCGCCGACACCCGCUCCCACGCGGGAGUGCCUCGACUACGCGCCUUCGGACGAGGUGCCCUGGACCGACUCGGAUGGCUUCGACUGCGACUACUACGUCGACAACGGGUGCCAAGACUACAAGAGGACGUUCGAGAACUACAACCACACUGCCCUGGAGGCGUGCUGUGGCUGCGGCGGCGGCGAGGAGGUGAUCCUCGCGGCCGUCCUGGUGGUGCUCACCGUGCAGGGCGUGGGCUACGGCGGCCUGCUCCAAGACGACGCCCUGCUGGCAGGGUUCGAGCUCGCCCUUCGCGAGGCCCUGAGCGAGACCGCCGGAGUACCCCUCGACUACGUGCGGGUCGUGCUCAGCGAGGGCUCUGGCUCACGCCGGCUGGGGGAGCAGGAGCAGUGGACAUCUGACCGUAUCAGCUUACAUACUUCGGGGCGCAGGUUGACUACGACUCCCGUUGAUGUUGCUCUGACAAUCGUUCCGCCCAGACUUUCUGGCGUAAGCGUCGCUCAGAUUGCAGAUGGCCUCGAUUUGAGUGCCGUGGAGAAUGGUGUUCUGACAAAGGUGGAUGCACUCGACGACAUAUCGUCUGUCACGACUGGGGCUACGUCGGUUACGGGAACAGCAAAGUUUACGACAACCAUGGAAGACUACGUUCUGACCACGAGUGGGACGUGCACCGCCCCAGUUACUACUGCUACCGACUGCUACGUGGCUGCCAUCUUUCUGGGUCUUCCCAGGGUCGACCCCGUCGUGAACAACCACAGUUACUCUUGGAAUCCACCGUGGUGUUAUUUCACGCUGGGAGUUCUCAAAUUCAACACGGGUGGGAACACCGACAGUUGUGGUACAACCAACCAGUGCAUUUGCAUCGAGGCCCCGACGCCUGCUCCGGAGGCGGUCUGCGAGCCGAGCUGCUACGGCUACUCCUGCGACGCCUACGUUGCGGCCCGAGAAGCAACCUGCGAUGUGUUGGAGAGAGAGUACUACUGCGACUGCUCAGGCUGCUCAUGUAAGGAAUGCGAGACGCACGCCGACUGCGACCAGAGCGGCCGCGGCCAUUUCUGCGACCGCGGACCGCCCAGCCCGCGGUUACGGGGGCGGCGGUUCGGCCGAUCCCACAACCGUGCCCGGCUACCCGACGAGCUGGGGAAGCAGCUGGGCCCAGACGUUACGCAUGGUGCCCUCGACGGACCAGUCGACAGCAUCGUGCCCCCUGGACCAGGGGGCUCUGGCGACAGCGGGCGAUUCCUCAGCGCCAGGAUAGAAAACGCUUGGACUACGGUCUGUGACAGUAAGGACCACUCACUCCUGGCAUGGGUCAUCCCAAAGGACAAGUGGGAAGGCAAGGGCGCCGCCCGCGCAUUCACCGGGCGCGCGCAGGAUGGCCCCGAGGCUGCCGGGUCCACGGGCUCCAUGGCCUGGCCGGCGUCAGAUCCUGCGAUGUACGUCAAGCCCCGCGAUGUGUGGUCGCCGUCAGCCUGGAAGCUCUCGUCCUGGUCGGUCGGCUCCGUGUCUGCAGCUGCCGUGGCUGUGAUCUCUGGAGCCGAGGCUAGAAUCAGGAUCGUCGUCAUAAAUGCCAGCAUGUCCCCGAAGAGCCUCUCGAACUCGAAGUCGCUGUCCAUCACGCUCUUCUUCUGCUCGGACUUGGUCUUGGUGAUCUCGGCGCUGCCUAUCUCCUCGCCUCUCGAAGGGCCGUCGGCCGGGUUCAUGUCUGUGGGUAUCCACCUCAGCGUCAAUCGGAUACCGGUGGCCAGCGUGAUCGCACCGAUCUUCUUCAGCUACGUCAUCAAAGGUCGCGAAGAGCUCCGCAUCUUUCUGACUGCACCCACCGUCACCAUAGAGUCGCACAGGACCAAGACUCGGCUGAACCAGUUCUUUGACGAGCGACACAGGUCCCAGAUCAUCGAGGUCCUGGGGUUCUCCAGCGAAAAGCCUGGGAAAGACCUGGGAGACCACGAAUCCAACGGCCUGGAGCUCGCAAAGGGGGUCGACGGUCUGGCACUGCAGUUCCUCGCGGAUCGCCUGCCCGAAAUGGUCGGCUCUCCACUGUCGGUUGACUUCGGCUCGGACUUCUUCCCGGUCAUCGAGGCGAAGUCGUCCAUGAACACCCAGUAG